AGAUGUUUUCCUACUUUAUUCCUUCUUCUUUUUUUCUUCAUAAGACUUUUUGAUGUUUCAUUCAUACUAGUAUAUAUUUUCAUUAAAGCUACACUCUUUUCACUCCACACAAAAUCCAUUUUCUUCAAGUAUCAACCAUGGGGGGUGGAAAGACCACUAUCAUGGUACUCAAGGUUGAUCUUCAAUGUUCAAGCUGCUACAAAAAGGUCAAAAAUAUUCUCUGUAAAUUCCCUCAAAUUAGAGACCAAGUAUAUGAUGAGAAGUGCAAUACAGUCACAAUCACUGUGGUUUGUUGUAAUCCUGAAAAACUUCGUGACAAAUUGUGUAGUAAAGGAUGUGGUGUAAUCAAGAGCAUUGCAAUCAAAGACCCUCCAAAGCCCAAACCUCCCGAAAAACCCAAAGAGCCCGAACCUAAGACACCUGAAAAGCCAAAAGAAGUUGAGAAGCCUAAGCCCAAAGAGCCCGAAAAGCCCAAAGAGCCCGAAAAGCCCAAAGAAGUUCCUAAACCUAAACCAGUUACUCCACCACCAGCACCAGAGCCCGUAAUGCCAAUUCAAGAAUACCUACAACCGCCACACGGAUAUUGUUGUGGACAAUGCUACGAAGGCCAAAUGGGGGGCCCAUGUUAUCAAGGGUAUGGAAGACCGGUCCCUCCGCCCCCGAGACAUUGUUGUGGAGAAUGCUACGAAGGCCAAACCGGGGGCCCAUGUUAUCAAGGGUAUGGAAGACCAGUCCCUCCGCCCCCGGGACAUUGUUGUGGGCAAUGUUACGAAGGCCAAACCGGGGGCCCAUGUUAUCAAGGGUAUGGAAGACCAGUCCCUCCGCCCCCAUGUUACGAUAACUAUGGGCCUGGGCCUAGGCCUGUGCCUUAUGGCUAUGGUACGGGCUGUAAUGUAAGCAGAUGUGAUCAGUACUUUAAUGAUGAAAAUGCUAAUGGUUGCUCAAUUAUUUAAGGUGGCCCAAUUGUUAUGGUUCAAUGUCUGGGCUCAUCAAUAUGGGCUUCUAUUAAUGUGGUUGUCUUUUUUUCUUUAUAAAUUGUUAUAAAUAAUAAACAAUGUAUAGUUAAUUUUCUUUUGUAAAAUAGAAUAAAAGUUGUUAACUAGAUUGUUGGCAAAGCCUUGAUUGAUUAAUAAAUGCCAUUUUUCAACAUUA